GACAAAGCCCAGAGGCCUAAUUAGUACCAGGGCCUAAAGGGCUCUGGAUCGUUGGUCCGCUCCAGAGUGUGGUGUUGUGGUGGUUGCCCAGGCGCUCCACUGCGCAUCGCCCCCACCUUUUUCAUCGCACUCUACGAGACCCGCAGCCUCGUCUCUUCCUCCUCUCACCCGACCCGAUCCCCUCCUAGGUUUCGCUCCCCACCACCGCGGAACGAACCGGAAAUGGCGGCGCGGCACCUCAGAUCCGGCCUCCCGCUCCUCCAAGCCCGCCUCGCGGCUAACGAAUCCGCGGCCGUCGCUCAGGUGUCGAGGGGGCUUGCAACGGAGGCGGAUAAGCCUAAGGAGAACAAGAUCAAGGUUCCAAAAGCUCUGUAUGGUGGCACGGGCAACUACGCUAGUGCGUUGUUCCUUGCAGCAGCCAACUCAAAUUCGUUGGAAAAAGUUGAAUCUGAGAUUCUCGAUGUUGUAGGGGCAGCCAAGAAGAGCCCUAUGUUUUCUCAAUUCAUGAAGGACACAUCAGUGCCUAAAGAAACCAGGGUGAAGGCUAUAACUGAAAUAUUCUCUGAAGCCGGGUUUACUGACAUCACAAAGAAAUUCUUGUCUGCACUGGCAUCCAAUGGAAGACUGAAAUAUGUUGAACGCAUUGCUGAGAGAUUUGUUGAUUUGACCAUGGCACAUAGGGGGGAGGUGAAAGUUGUUGUCAGGACUGUUGUUCCACUUCCUGAGAAGGAGGAGAAAGAACUUAAGGAGACCUUGCGUGAUAUCCUUGGGAAAGACAAAACCAUCUUGGUUGAACAAAAGAUUGACCAGAGUAUCAUGGGAGGACUGGUGAUUGAAUUUGGGCAGAAGGUGUUUGACAUGUCGAUCAGGACUAGGGCGAAGCAAAUGGAGGCGUUCUUGAGGCAACCCUUUGACAUCUAACUGCCUUUCGGAUCCAGUGCAGUGGCUGUGCUGCUGAAGGUUCCCUCGUGAAAUAAAAGCUUUCCUUUACAAGAGAACGGCACUCUGUUUUAUUUUGUCUUGUGGGUUAGGAAGAAGCCCACUGAACAAUCUUUAAUUUCCUUUCUACCGAAAAAAACAUGGAUAAAAACAUGAAGAGAGGUCAUGGAAAGUUUUUAAUUCAAGUGUUUGUAAUUUUCGUUUGAA